ACUUCCUUCUCGAUAGUUGUACUUUUUAACUCUUAAAUUAUUUUUCAGAAUGAGGGUUGCAACUGGUGUGGUUAUGGUUUUUGUCCUGUGUGGACUCUGCAUGGCUGAGUAUAGUGAGAAACAACAGGCAGCUCUUAACGAUGUGGCCACCAAGUGUAAGAAGAAGCUCGAUCUUCCGGAGGAUUCCGACAUUCCCAAAGCUGUCCAGUAUGGUGACUUUGCUGAAAAUGGUGAUCUCAAGAAGAAAUACGUCUGCUGCACCAUGCGAAUGAUGAACUUUAUCGACGAGCAGGGCACGAUCCAGAAGGAAGUGCUGUUGGACUUCCUGACCGACAAGUUCGACCGUAAACUGUCCACCGAAGUGGUCGAAAAGUGCGCCACCGUCGAGGGCGAAUCCGUCGGCGAAAAGGCCAACGCGUUCUUCAAGUGCUUCUUCCUGUCCAAAUCCUUCGACAUCUAAAGAAGUGUAGAGUAGACGCGGAUAAUAAAGUGCAAAUGA